AUGGCCAACUAUCUCGGCAUCGAGGCCAAGUGGGAUCUUCCUCAGCUUCUGGCAAUAGUCUCCGUUAGCACGGCACUUUACUACUUGAGCCAAUGGGUGUUUUCUUCGUCUGGAAAUCUUGAGGCCUUGCUGAAGAGCCAGCCUGUCAUAGGCCUGGGGAAACAGUGGUACGCAUGGCCGCUGGCGACCCUCAAGUCCUUUAGCAAGUCGAAACAAUGGGUUUUCGAUGGCUACACCAAAUACUCCAAGCUUGACUCCCCUUUCAUCAUUCCCUGCCUGGAUCGCGGCCCAGUGGUGAUUGUGCCGCCCAAGCAGCUCAAGAAGGUCUACAACCAGCCGCUCAGCGUGUUGGACGUCUAUGUCACGCAGAACCAGACCAUCCAGACAAAAUAUACCAUUUCCGAGCAGGAUAUUGUCAAGAACAGCUUCCAGAUCAGUGUCAUUCGGCACCAAAUGACACGGAACCUGGAGCAUCUGACGCCAUUGAUUGCUACCGAGCUCAAGGUAGGGUUUGAGGAGUGGUGGGGGACUGACCAGGUAGGAUGGCGAGACCUUCGCAUAUGGGACACCAGCCUGAAGCUCAUUGCCGGCGCUGCCAAUGGCGCCUUUUGCGGCCCGCCUUUAUGCCGUAAUGCGGCGUUUCUGGACAGUCUCCGGGAUCAUGCGAUGACCAUGUUUGUCGGCGCCAUGGCCAUCAAUGCAACCCCAAGCUUCAUAAGACCUGUCGCUGGCAAGAUUGUCGGGUGGGCAUGCGAGAGGAAGUUCCAGAAGACCCUCAAGCUCUGCCUGCCGGUCAUUGUUGAGAGGCUCGAGAACACGGCGAGAAAGAAGAAGGACCCCGACUUUUCCUGGGAACCGCCUAAAGACGGCCUGCAAUGGAUCAUCGACGAAAGCUAUGCGACAAACGACCCUGCCCAACUCCAACCCGUGCGCGUCACCCACCGACUUCUCUACGUCAACGACAUAUCGCUCCACUCGACAAGCUACACCGUCCAGAACCUUAUACUCGAUCUCUACACAUGUGAGAACUCUGCCGAGCUCGUCAAGUGUCUGCGCGAGGAGGCCGCCGCGGUGCUCAAGGAGGCAGGGGGCUCGUGGACCCGCGAUGCAGUCCAAAAGCUCAAGCUGGUCGACGGCACGAUUAGAGAGUCAAUGCGCAUGACCCCCUUUGCGUCCGUUGGACUGCCCCGAACCGUUAUCGGCCCGCAUGGAAUCGACCUCGAGAGUCCAUCAGGAAAGGUCCAUGUCCCCCAGGGCACCGUCCUCGCGGCAGCCAUGGACCCAAUCCACCGCGACAACGCCAUCUACCCCGAUGCCGAUAAGUUCAACCCUUUUCGUUUCACCCAGCCCGGCGGCGUGCGCAGCAUCUUUGACCAGUUCAACGCCGCCGGCCAGAAGCCGGACGAUGCCAACAAGCCCAAGCCCAAGUCGACGGUGACGCUGGACGACGCGUUCCUCGGCUUCGGCUUCGGCAAGCAUGCCUGCCCCGGGCGCUUCUUCGCUCUCAACGAGAUGAAGAUAUUUGUCGCGCACAUGGUCCUCAACUACGAUGUUGAGUGCCUGGAUCGCCGCCCGGAGCUGACAAACGUUAUCUGGCUCAAGGUCCCUUACAAUGACGGGAGGGUGAGAGUCCGUAAACGUAUUCCGGUAGAGCUGGAGUAA